AUGAUGAUGAUGAGCAUACCUGGUAUACACAUAAUACCAUUAAUGGUGCUACCAUUGAUAGUAAAUGCCAUUUCGGAAAGUACACGCCGUGCCUUCAGUGCCAAAGGCAUGAAACAUUCGACCACCAAAACCAACGAAUACUACACCAAGGCCAAUCAAGUUGAAUUGUUCAAGAAAUUGUUCGGUUCGAAACAAACCCAUAUUGAUGGUUUGGAUAACUUUGCCCAAUUGGCACGAUCCGUUGCUGCCUCGUAUGGUAAUGAUUUGGAAACGUAUAAUGGCUAUUUGGGUCAAUUGCAAUUGGCAAAGAACAAUGGUCAAUUGGUUGAUAUUUUCUUGGAUGAUGGUAAGAAGAUUGAGGCACCUAAAUAUUAUUUCAAAGUAUUGUUGCACAAGCCCAGUGAUGAGGGUAUUGUCGUUGUAACGGUCAAUAAUCCAUUUGCUGCCGAUGGCGAAGCGGAGGAGAUUUGUGAAAAUGUCUGCGAUCAGGCCGAUUUGAAACAUGACAAUUUCCCUACAUUAUCGAAGGGUUAUACGUUCUGUUGCCGUUUGGAUGAAUUCAAAUUGCUUUAUGAAGGUCUACUCGAAGAUGUUGAGGCUGGCAAAUUGAUGACACGUAAAAAUUAA